AUGGUGAUUGGAAGAAAGAUUUGGGGGGUGGGGUACGCUGCUGUUGAUUGACAGCAAGGCAUUUGGCAACUGUUUGGAGUGUGUGAAAAGAAAUCGGUUUGAGAGGGUGUAUUUUUCCAGCGUUACCCCCUGCAACACUGCAAGAAUCGGGAAAGUUACAGAUUUGUCCAAAAGAACUGGGGUAGUGUCAGUCUGUGGUUUCAGAUCAUCCAAGGUGUUAACUGCUACCGGAAUUCCAGAGCGUAGCGCACAAGAAGUAAAGUGACAGAUGAGAAGCGUGCCUCUGUAUAGCUUGCUGUUUUAAAGAGCUCCCCAAUCUUACCAGCCACUUCAACGGCCACGCAUCCACUUCUCCUGCAAACAGCGCCCCCUUCGGGUUUUGUGUAACAGACAAAACCUGUUUGUGCAGAACUGCUUAUUAAUCGCCCAUGGCUCCGCUAUUAAACUCUCACUAAUUGAUUAAUCUGCCUUUCUUGCAUUGCUAGACUGAAGCUCUUCCGUGUGGAGUUUAUGAUGAGCAGGGGCAGAAUCUAAUGAAGAUAAAAUGCAAAUUUUAAUAAUCCAGAUUUCUCAACGACUUCUCUUGUUCUAUAAGUUACAAUAAUAUUCACCUGCACUCUUUCACUUGUAUUUGAAGGCGUUUGCUUGAAACCGUUUAUUUAGAUACAGUUUCAAUGAAAAAGCAGCUAAGAGGAAUCUCUUAUUUCACGGUUUGUAUUUCAGAUGGCGCAUUGUUUCCGCUUGUUCAGUUGCGUUGUUUACAGUGCUUCAGAUACUGUAGUGAGGUGUGUUUCUAUGAAAGCUGGAAUGAAUGAAAGUGCACAGCAGGGUAGAUUUGAAUGGUGCAAUCAUUCAAAGCUGUCGUGCCAGUUCUGUGCGGAUAUUUGCUUUGUGAAGAACACGUCUCCGAUAAGAGUAAGGACACACUAUAGAGCACAUUUACUGUGACUCACCAGGCACUGCAUGACACUGUACACGUACUGCAGAUUUCAAUGUACACUUGGAUUCUAAAGCUGUUCUCUUUUAUAUACUCUGCCCAACAAUAAUAACCAGUUUUGUUCUUUUAUUUUAACUUUUUAAAAGUGUUCCUGCAACUUUCUGGCUGGACUGGUAUCACACCGAGUAAAGAUUGCUGGAGGUGUUUACUCAAGUUUAAAGUUUGUUUAUUUAUAUAGCGCCUUUCACACAGUGUCUCAAAGUGCUUUGCAAUACAAAAGCAACAACUCGGUUUGAAAACAGAAAUGCAGUGAACAAAAGUUUAAAACAAUAAUAGAUCGGUGCAUGAAAUCAGGAUUCAAAAGCACAUUAGACAGUCAGGAGCCAGACCAUGCAGAAAGACCUUCAAAUCGAUUCUAAAACGUACUGGAAGCCAGUGCAGCCAGUGCUGGAGUUAUGUGCUCUCUUUUUCUUUGUUCUGCUUAGCACCCUGGCUGCUGCAAGGCAAUGGCUGAUCCAGCCUGCAUUCAUCUGAGAGGGGGCUAGAACUCAAGAGCAGCUUCUGUCCAGCACUUUGAUGAAAAACUCAGGAUCUGAGUACAGCAAGAACCACCCCCAGUGACUGCAAACGUCUAUAAAUGAAUGAAAUGAAAGAAAUAUAUUGGCUGGGAACUCAGUGCAAGAAGCAUUCUUGCUGAGCGAGCGAGAGAGAGAGAGUCACUGCUACCCAGAGAAGCUUCAGAGCACUGCAGGAAGCACGCAGAGGUUUUGGAAGGCUGUUUCGUGGAGAUUCUUGUUGAAUUAUCCGGCUUGAGAAUGGAGACUCCCUCCCAGAAGCGCCCUGCUCGCAGCGGGGGCACGCCGCUCUCCCCGGCCCGCAUCACCCGGCUGCAGGAGAAAGAGGACCUGUGCGAACUCAAUGACCGCCUGGCCGUGUACAUCGACAAGGUGCGCUCGCUGGAGAGCGAGAACGCGGGGCUGAGGCUGCGCGUCUCCGAGUCGGAGAGCAUCGUCAGCAGGGAGGUGUCAGGCAUCAAGCUGGCCUACGAGACGGAGCUGGCAGAUGCACGCAAGACCCUCGACACGGUCGCCAAGGAGCGGGCACGCCUGCAGCUGGAGCUGGCCAAGGUCCGAGAGGAGCACAAGGAGCUGAAAGCCAGGUAGGGGGCGCUGCUGAGCCGC